AUGUGUAGUGAAGAAAAUAGUGAUUGGAUACAAGAUGCAAAUAUAGUGAUUCGCGAUAUAAAAAAUCACGUGCAUUAUAUAUCUAUUGCGAAUUUACCCUCUUCGGAGUGCAAAAUUUAUUUUAAUAUUACCACUCUAGAAAUGAAAGAAUUUUGCGUUGAGUUGUCGGUUGCAGGAUUUCAAGUAAUUGGUGAAAAACAUAAUUCUGAUGAUAAAAGAGAAUACUAUUUUAAUCGUUUUAAAAUAUUUAUCAAAACGAUUGGUAUAAAUAUGAAUUAUUAUUUAAAAACAUUGUAG